GCCCCGGAGGCGGCUCGCGGAGGCCGGGAAGCUGCGGGGCGGCGAGUGGACCGAGCCAUGGGGCGUCCCCCAACCCCGCGGGCCCCGCCGACGGCGCUCCUGCUCGCGCUCCUGCUGCUGCUGCUGCUGCUGCCGCGGCCGCUCCGGGCUGACCCCCUCCCCACCGAAGGCCGACUGGUAAACUGUAUCCAGGCCAAGAAGAAAUGCCAAGUCGAUCCUAUUUGCAGUGCUGCCUACCACCACCUGAAUUCCUGCACCUCUAGUGUAAGCACCCCAUCACCCGUGCAGGAGUUUCUGGUCCCUGAAGAGUGCAGGGAGGCAGCACAGCACCUCAAGAAUAGCUCUCUGAUGAGCUGCACAUGCCACCGGCACAUGAAGAACCAAGUCGCCUGCCUGGACAUCUACUGGACCGUUCACCUUGCCCGCAGCCUUGGUGACUAUGAACUGGAUGUCUUCCCCUAUGAAGACACAGUGACCAGAAAACCCUGGAAAAUGAAUCUCAGCAAACUGAACAUGCUCAAACCAGACUCAGAUCUCUGCCUCAAGUUCGCCAUGCUGUGCACUCUUAACGACAAGUGUGACCGGCUGCGCAAGGCCUACGCGGAGGCGUGCUCGGGGUCCCGCUGCCAGCGCCGCACCUGCCUCCGGCAGCUGCGCGCCUUCUUUGCGAAGGCGUCGGAGCCGCACGCCCAGGGCCUGCUGCUGUGUCCCUGCGCGCCCUCCGACCAGGGCUGCGGGCGACGGCGGCGCAACACCAUCGCCCCCGGCUGCGCGCUGCCGGCGGGGGCCCCCAACUGCCUGCAGCUGCGGCGCGACUGCGUCUCUGACCCGCUGUGCAGAUCUCGUCUGGUGGAUUUUCAGACCCACUGCCAUCCUCUGGACAUCCUAGGGACCUGUGCAACAGAACAGUCCAGAUGUCUACGCUCAUACAUGGGGCUCAUUGGGACUGCCAUGACUCCCAACUUUGUCAGCAACGUCAACACCAGUGUUGCCUUAAGCUGCACCUGCCGAGGCAGUGGCAACCUACAGGAGGAGUGUGAGCAGCUGGAAGAGUCCUUCUCCCACAACCCCUGCCUCAUGGAGGCCAUUGCAGCUAAGAUGCGUUUUCACAGUCAACUCUUCUCCCAGGAUGGGGCAGACCCUACCUUUUCUGUGAUGGAACGCCAGAACAAAAGCCCUGCUCUGAGGCCACAGCCCUGGGUACCCUCUCUUUUCUCCAGUACACUUCCCUUGAUUCUGCUCCUGAGCCUCUGGUAGCUGGACUUCCCCUGGACCCCUCUCCCCUCUACCACACCAGGCCUGACCUGCAGCCUGCAAGGGUUGAGGAAAGAGCAACAUCAGGAAAGAGAUGCCCUAAACAACAUGGCAACCUUGACUGCACCCUGCACCCCGCCCCCAUA